CACACGCGCGCCGUCAGACACCAAGCAGACUCUGAAACUCUGACAAGAAACUGAAAAGUAGCGGCAGCCAUGAAUCAUCUUAACCCAGGUCUGCUUUCAAUCUACAACAGUCUGACAGACAAACACCUCGCUGGAUACUUCAGCAACACUCGCAUCAGAAGACACCUGCAGAGAGCAGGACUGAUCACCAGGAGUGGGCGCAUUGUUCCAGACAAAGAGUACAGACACAAAGUGAUCCACAGAGCCCACCAGAGACAUGUUCGUGAAUGCCUGGCCCAGGCCAUUUUCCACAAGGUGCUGGAGAUGGAGCGUCUCCAUCAAAUAGAGAUCAAAAGAAAACUGGAGGAGUUUGCAAGGAGGGAAAGAGUGCAUAAAAUCAAGCUGGAGCGCUCUAGAAGGUAUGAAGAAGACAUCAUCCGCAUCCUGUCUCCACGCCCCCCCACAGGGGCGAGGGGCGUCCGAAAACAGCACUCUGGGCCCGAGGGAGAUCACUCUGAAUCCUCCGAGUCUCUGGGAUCCUCUCGACCAAACACAGCUCCAGGGAAAAUGCAAAGGCCGGUGCGUCUGAAGCCGAUCCACAGUAACAGCACCACAGCUACACUCAGACGCAGCUCUCCUUACAGACUCCUUAGGUCUGCCAACGACAACGAGCAGCUCUUCAACGGCACUGAGUCCCGGAGAUGUUUGACCACAAAAGAGACCUCCAAUGGCGUCUCCCCAUACUGCCUCCCAGUCAUCAACAAUUUUGUCACCCCCGUCCCUCCAGCCACAAAGAGGAAAGAGAGGGCAGUAAAGGUCACUCCCAGCGGCACGCUCCGGGGCCGCAGACUGCGUCCUACCACCGCCACCAGUGUAGCUGACGUCAAUGAGGACCGUCCAAUGCUGAGGAUCUCCGUGCAGCAGAGCAGAGUCAGUGUGAAUAUGGUGUACUUUGGCAAAACAGUGCAUCUCUCCCACGACAUGAUCGACAUGAGGGACGAGGUGAAAGUCUUCCAGCAGCACUGUGGAGGAGAGAACCUCUGUGUGUACAAAGGCAAGCUCCGAGAGGGAGAGUCUUUCCAGUUCAUUUCAAGACGACACAGAGGCUUCCCCUUUAGUUUGACCUUCUUCCUGAACGGGCUCCAGGUCGAACGGCUGAGCUCCUGCUGUGAGUUCAAACACAGGAAAGGCUCCAGACUGGGCGGCAGGCACGGACACUUUGGCUUAUUCAGCGUGGAGGGGGCGUCGCCCUGCUACAAGUGCAUCAUCGCAAUGGGAUUGGACAAAAAACCCACUCCUCCACCAAAGAGAGCCAAAGAAGAGGGAGGAAGUGAGGUGUCGGUGUCCAGCCCAAAAGAAGCUGCUGAGAUGGAAACAGAAAGGACUGGUGAGGAGGACACGUCCUCCCAUUCAGACUGUGAAACGAGACAGGGACUGGUCAAAGCAACCGCGGAGGACAAAGCCAGAGAUGAUUAUGAAGAAGACUUUGAAGCAGAUGACGAAGGCCCCGUGGAAGAUGAACAAGAAAAGAUCCCUCUGUCUGCAUCCAGUGACACAGAGUCACAGGUUAAAGACAGAGACACGUCUGAGACGCAAGACGACGAGAAGGAUGAGGACAUAAAGUCUCGUUCAGGCUCCAGCUGUUCAGGCAGCGACCAGGAGGUGAGCGAUGCGGAGGACGCGGAAGAUUCCAAAAAGGAUGAGAAAGCAGAGCUCCAUCGAGAGGACAACCAAGAACUGAAACUGAAUCCAGAAGAAGCAGCAGCUGCCACUGAGGGCGAGUCGGGUUUAGCCAGGGACUCAGAUUUACAGCACAGUGCAGGGGACAGCACAGAGAUCAACGUCUCCGACACCAGCGUCCCCUCAGGACAGGAACACAGACAGAAUGAUGACACCUCAGAGGGAAAAGAAGCUGAGAGUAGAGGAGAGGAGGGAAAACGGGAUGAAGAGGAACAGGAGAGGGAUAACUUUGUGCAGGAGAAGAUCACAGAAGCCAUACUAAACGAGUCCCAGAAGAGCUGUGAGCCUCAACUGACCGACGCCGGCACUGAGGAGGAGGAGGAAGCCACCGAUAAGGGACAUGAACAAGACAAUGAUGAGAAAUCAGUGACAUUUGAGAAGCAGAAACAGACCCUGGCCGAGGAGACACAGAGUGAGGAAAAUGCCAAUGUUGGUGAAGCUGAAGUGGUCCAGGUUCAGGAAGACACAUCUGAGCCAAAAAAAGAGGACAGUGUAACUGAAAAAGAGCUUCAUGAGAACAGUGACGAUGCUAAAGAUGAGACGGUCACAAAAGAGGAGGAGGAUGAAAAGCCUGCAUCAGAAGAUGUUGAAGAAAAGGAUAAAUCAGAGGACAUGGGUGCAGCAACACAACCUGUGGCGGCGGAGAACACGAUUGAAGAACCCAAAACUACAGAACCUCGGGAAGAUGGAGGAGCUGAAUGCACCGAUACAACCACUGCACCAAAAGAUGAAGAACGAGAGGAGAAAAGUGCAGAAGCAGUGGAGGCUGACACACAGCCACAAGAGACAGGACAAGGGGCAGAAACCGGUGAUGCAGAUGUGUCAUCAGUAUCAGAGCCGGUUAAAAACACUGAUGAAAAAGCAGUGUCAGACAAUGCGGAGGAGGAGGUUAUGACAGCGCGUAAGACAGUGGAGAUGAAAGCAGAGCCCUCAGAGGAACAAGAGGCCAUCAGCUGUGAAGAGGCACCUGUAACUGACACAGAGGAGAAGCAGCAGAGAGACAGCACAGACACACCGGCUGCAUCACAGACAGGAGAAUCAGUGGUGGAAAAUACAGCAGGAAUAAGAGAGGACAGUGCAAAGGGUGAGGCCAGUAGAGAUGAUAUUAGAGAAACUGAGGAGGAAGCAGCAGAAGCAGGUAAUGGUGGCAGUCGGCAACAAGAGGCGGAAGAAGAGCAAAAAUCUGUGGAUAUAAACAGUGUGAUAGAGAGGGAAACAUGUGAAGAGGAAAGUAAGGAGGAAGAAAAACAAACUGAAUCAGAUGAACUGGCACAAGGUGAAAAUAGUGAUGGUAAAGAAAAUAAUGAAACAGAUAUAAAAGAAGAAAAGGGAAACGAUGAAUGUAAGGCAGAGGAAAAGGUAGAAAAUGAGGAAAACAUGGUAGAAGACACUAAAAGUGACAAAGCAGCUGAGAAAAGUGCUGAAGAGGAAGAUGACGUUGCACAUGAGGAGAAAGACAACGAAUCAGAGAAAACGGAAAGAGACAAGUUUGGUGAAAGUGAUGAGAAUAAGAAUGAAGACGAGGAAUCUCGAGCAAAGGAGGCCACAGCUGAUCAAACUCACGAAGGUGAUGAAAUGACUGAGACAAAGGCACAACUCAAUGAAGAGAAAGAAGAAAAAGAUGACAACGGGCACAAAGCUGAACAAAGUGAACAAGAUGACAAAGAACCCGAAGGGGAAAAUAUCACAACUUGUAAGAGUGAAGAGGGGGAGGGAACAUCCGAGAUCACUGAAGAACCGGAGAAAAGCACUGACCAUGUAAAAACAGCUGAUGAAAAUACUGCUCAGUCAGAGGAUGUUGGUGAUAACGAAGCAACAGCCGGGGAGAUGUCAGACAACGUGGUGGAGUCUGACGACACAAAGAAAGACACUGAAGGGGCAAGUACCAAGAGUGAAAAGGGAGACGUCAACGCUGAAAAUGGGGAAAUGUCAAACAGAGGAGAGAGAGAAAGUCAUGAUGACGAGACAGAGGCUUCAGAUGAGGUGAAAACAGCCGAGCACGUUGAAGAUGAAGGAAAAUCAGAGCAGGUACCGAAUGAAGAGAGAAGUACAGAGGUCAAAGAAGAGUCUCACGAUGAUGGUGAUGGAGAUGAGUGCGGUGAAAAGCAAGAGUCGGAGCUAGAAAUCACUGGGACGGAGAAAACAAACACUGACCUCAAUACUGAAAACAGAGAGUCCCACUCAACCAGAAAUAAUGAUAAUAUGAGUGACAUGAUCGUUGCUUCUUCAGCAGAUCAGGCACAGUCUUCAACACCAACGGCUUUAGGUUCCCCGGCUCUCAAAUUAGAUGAAUUCACUGCGAUAUCGGACAAAAACCCACACACUGACGAAAACACUUCUGGUGGUAACAUCUCUGCUGCUGACGGAGAGAACGGAGGAGACAUGGAGGAGGUAAGCAAGGCCUCGGAGGAAGGAGCGAGUGUGCUGCUCAAACCUCAAGCAGCAAACAACGAGGCUGAUGUCGCGGAACAGAGCGUCACAGUGGCUACGGAAACUCCAGAGGAACUAGCUAAUGAGGACAAGACUGAUCUGGUCACAAACUGGAUAAACAUGCAUCAAGAAUCAAAGUUCUUCAAGAAGUUUGUCGAACCCUUCGAUGAACUGAGGGACGACACUUCACACGCGCCAGUGUCCAGCUCCAGUAAAGAGGAGACAACACCUGCAGAGCAGCAGAGACUCGAGAGUCCACUCAAGAAUGAGCAAACAGAAAAAAGUCAAAGUGAGGAUCGAGAGAAAAACAAUGUGGAAGACCUGGAGGGUGAUCAGUCUGAUGAUAAACCCCAUGAAAAUAACCAGGACAAAAACAGUCUCCUAGAGAAGGAGGAGACUGAGGUGAAGGACUUAUUAAUACAAAAAACAGGAAGUGAAGACAGUGAUGAAGACUCUACAAAAACAGAGAGAAAGGGAAGCAAAGGAUCUGUAGGCGAAGACAAGAUGGACGACGAGGAAAACAAGGUUCAAGAUGAACCGAGGCAAAGUGAUAUAUUUAAAACUGAAGUGGAAAGCAUCGCAGGAACCCUUCAUUCAGUAGCCAGUGGCAAACCUAAGAGUGAAGAGAAAACUAUUUAUCAUGAUCCAGGGACAAAAAGUCCCUCGCCUGCAUCCAAAACAGAGGAGCAUCACGAGCGCUCAGUGAGUCCGGAUGGAGCGAAAGACACAGAGGAAACAUGGGGGAAAACAGACGAACCCAGUGGAGAAGUUACAGAAAUAACUGAUUUUACAACGUCCAAGUCUGACGACGGAAGCCAAGAGGAGUCCCGUGGCGGAGGGACGCAACCCAGACGGUCGGAUGGGACCGUGAAUAAAGAGCUAAUCCAAGACAUCAAACACACACUGAGUAAAGACAGACUGAGCUCGUUCUCAGUGGAUGAGACUUUGUUUGGCCACAGCUCAUAUCCUUUGCUAAAUGCUGCGAGAACAGAGAGUUUACAUUAG